AUGGCCAAACAUCAUCCGGAUUUAAUUUUCUGUCGUAAACAACCGGGUGUAGCUAUCGGACGCUUAUGCGAAAAGUGCGACGGAAAGUGUGUGAUUUGCGAUUCGUACGUGCGACCUUGUACGUUGGUUCGUAUUUGUGACGAAUGCAACUACGGUUCCUAUCAGGGUCGUUGCGUUAUAUGCGGAGGGCCAGGCGUAUCGGAUGCGUACUACUGCAAGGAAUGUACGAUCCAGGAAAAGGAUCGCGAUGGAUGUCCCAAAAUCGUUAACCUCGGCAGCUCUAAAACAGAUCUGUUCUACGAGCGGAAAAAGUACGGCUUUAAGAGAUAA